GCGGAAGGUACUGGUAGGGACUUCUCUUUGGUUGAAUUCAGCGGAUCGCUGGGGAACAAUUUACCUAUUAAAAAAGUCUAAGAGCCAGUCUCAGGAUGCAGCCACAGAACUCUGUAGAGCUCAAAAUUUUUGACCUGAAUUGCUGGGCCCUUCGCAUCCUUAGUAAGAAGCGCAAGGAGCGCCUUGCUAAGAUUGGUUAUCUAGUCAUAGAGGGGCAAUAUGACCUGGUUCUACUUCAAGAGAUCUGGAGUGACAUUGACUAUUCAGAGCUAAAACAACGCCUUUCUGUGGAAUUCCCAUAUACUCACCACUUCAAGAGUGGAGUUAUUGGAAGUGGCCUUUGUGUCUUUUCUCGGUUUCCAAUCAUGGACUGUCUUCAGCAUCAGUUCUCUCUCAACGGAUUCCCAUACAUGAUUAAUCACGGUGACUGGUUUUGUGGGAAAGCAGUAGGGCUGGUCAAAAUCAGAGUGCACGGAUUCCUGUGCCACGUCUACAUCACCCAUCUUCAUGCAGAGUAUUGUCGAGAGAAAGACUGUUAUCAAUCCCAUCGCAUCCUUCAGAGUUGGGAAUUGGCACAGUUUAUACGGCACACCUCUAGGGGAUCAGAGGUUGUGAUAUUAGCUGGAGACCUAAACAUGCAUCCAGGGGACCUUGGGCUCCGCCUUAUUCGUGAAUGGACGGAGCUUAAAGAUGCAUACACAGAAUGUUCUGAUUAUGAAGGUCCACCAAAUGGCUGUACAUUGCUUCCAAGUAACCCAUACACAAACCAACAGGAGCUGAAAAAUUUUCCUCAAGGCAUCAGAAUUGAUUACAUUAUGUACCAGUCGAAUCCAAAUGUUUCUGUGACUUGUCGUCGAGUCAACACAGGCUCUGGGAUUCCUUUAGCAGAUAUGCACUACUCCGACCAUGAGAUUGUUACUGCUACCUUGUGUCUUCAGAGGCUAUCAGGUGUCAAAAAUCAGUGUAGAGAAAAUCCUCCUGCCUCAGUGGUAUCUCCCCUUUUUACUGCUUGUUAUACUGAACUCCGCGCCGGUUUACACACAGCAGAGCGGUGGCGCACAGCUUUUGGUUAUGUUACUCUACUCCUCAUAGCAUUCCUAAUUCUGCAGUGCUCUUCCAACCUCCUCUUUCUUUUAGGGUCGACCUUCAGCUUCUUUCCCUCCACAUUUUUAACCAUACUCUUCCUUCUGAUUUCCUUCACUUCCCUUGUGCUUCAUUCAGAAGAACGACAUCAACUGCAGAGUGUCAUGGAGCAGAUGAGCUUAGUAGAAAGUGGACUUCAAGAGAAUUGAGAAUUAUCUUCAAAAGACUGAUUGCAGGGCAUUGAAUAUUCCACUUCUAAGUAUCUAUACUCCACUUAAAGGGACAGUUUACCCUAAAUUGUCCUCCUCUUUAAUUUGUUCCCAAUGAUCCAUUUUACCUGAUGGAGUGUAUUAAAUUGUUUACAAAUAGUUCCUUUGUCUUUAUAUCAGCAUUCUAAAUAGCUGAUUUUGCCUGUUGUAUCUCUAACUAUACUGAGAGUUUCUAUACUUAAAGGGACAUUAUACACUAGAUUUUUCCGUGCAUAAAUGUUUUGUAGAUAAUCCAUUUAUAUAGCCCAUACAGGUUUAUUUUUUCAAAAAUAUAUAGUUUUGGUUAUUUUUAAAUAACAUUGCGCUGUUUUUCAGACUACUAACCAAGCCCCAAAGUUUUAGGAGAAUACUGAUGUAUACCUACUCCAGCUUGCUCCUGGUUGUAAGGGUCUUUUCAUAUGCAGAGGAAGGGGGAGGGUCUUCUCUUUUUACUAUAGAACCACUUGCAGUGGGCUUUCCAGCUAACCUAUUCAACAAAGCUAAACUAGGAGCUUCUAAGUAAGUUUUUAAACAGUUUUAUACUGGAUUUUUAGAUCAGUAUCUGUGCAUAAUAUUAUUUAUAGUAGUGUCUAUUACAUGCAGUUAAAUGAAAAUUGGUGUAUACUGUCCCUUUAAGUAUAGGCUAUUGACAAGCUAUGUAAACACAGACAGCAGGAGAAUAUUACACUCCCAGGGCGGUGUAAGAAAGAAAAAAGUAUAAAAUGUUAAAUUUUCUGUUGUUGUUUUCUAAGUAUUGUAUAGAGACAGAGAUAAGAUAUGGAAUAAUUUGAGUUACAAGAUAGGGAUGUCUGAUGUCUCUUCAAGCUUAGUCUAUUUUUAUGGGUUGUGUUUCAAAGAGCAAAUCCAGCUAUUUAAUUUAUAAAAAUAAUCAUCAAGAAGCAAUUUCUCAUACAUUUACCCUGCAGCUGGUAUAACAUGGCAUUUGGAACACAUUAAGGGGAAACAAGUUUUACAAUGUCCCUUUAACAUUUUAUGACCCUCCUCUACUACCCAUUUCUAUUGAGCUGCCUUUCUUCCCUUUCCCAGAAAUGAACUUUAAAUUAUUUUACUGUUAUUUAAAUCAUCAUUUUACCUCAUUAUGAUAUAUAAAUAAUAAUUCCAGCUAAUAAUUAAUUAUUUUAUAAAAAGGAAAUUCAUAACUGCCAGAAAACAUCUACAAUAAAUCAGAAUCUUAAAAAAAAAUCAGGUUAUUUUCUAAUUAUUAACUCUUAUUUGUUGACUUUAUAAAUAAAACUUGAUACUCUAACCGUUAA